AUGGCUGAAGCAGCUGUCGCAUCCAUCAAGCCUUUCCGCUUCCUCGACCUACCUGCAGAACUCCGCAACCGCAUCUACGAUCUCGUUCUAACAGGCGAAGAACUCAUGCUUUACAGCAUGUGCAGACACUACGACGACGAAGGCGACGCAACGCAGCCCAGCAUCGCCCGAGUCUGCCGCCAGAUUCACAACGAAGCACUACCAAUUUUCUAUGGUCAGAACACUUUCUUCGCCCACAUCCAUCGCGCGGACUUCACCUACCUUUUCGACUUCAUGGAAACUAUCGGCGAGGCAAACAGGAAGCACACGCGGAAAGUUGUUCUCCAGAUGCAGGAUCUCUGGGCAUGCGGCGAGGGAGCAGAGGACUUCAUUCGAUGGCUCGCUCGAUGCCGUGGAGUCGACAAGCUGGAGAUCGAGAUUGAUGUGAACACAUGGAUUGGAAACCAUACUCGCCUGUUGACAUCGCAGGAGAUGAGUGCAUGGGGCGAUGGAGAGAAGCCUCGUGUUGAACUGAUGUGGAAUGUCAUGACAGAGGCCAUAGUCCUCGCUCGGGAACUCGCAGAGUCUGGCCAAACACGGGAGGCGAGGUUCAGGGAGAGGUACGAAGAGUGGAUGACAGACCACAACUUCUGGUGCCCCAGUGAGCGAGACUCCUGCAGCUCGGGCCACCCGCAUGACGGGUACUGUAUGGCAGGAAGCGACAGGCAGGUGUACUCGUUCAGAGAGCUGGAUACUGAGCGUGAGCCCAACAAGCGAUACUGGUCCUCGCGGCAGGCGGAUGGAGGCUUGUAG